CGCAUUGUGUUCAUCAAACAUGGCUGCGGUGGAGUUCGGAGACACCGAAUUAUUCGAGCAGUUUGAAGAUAAAGCUUCAGCUCGUAUAACAGAUGAAGGUGAGGAUGAGGAGGGCGAGGGUUCAGACCGGCUUCAUGAGCUUCGGCAGACAUUAGGAGAGUGCGAAGAAACCAUUGGCCGUCUGAACGCUGAGAAUGAAGAACUGAAGAGAAAGUUAAACAUAUUAAGUCGUCCUACGGGGAUAAAAAUAGAAGACUCUAAAACCAGCGGGCCAGUUUGUCAGAUCAAUUAUGGAAACAACAUCAUAUCCAGGCAGUGCCGGAACGAAAUCGAAGACUUCAUCUUCUCUCUUGUCCAGAAACAGCUGUAUAACAAUGAUCGAGAAGCCUCUACUCCUCAUGUCGUCCCACAUCCCUCAAGUUUUGUCAUGGCAGAGAGCUAUAAAGUGAAGACUUCCAGUGACUCCAAACUUAUUAAAAAUGCAUUCAGUGUAAUCGGGAGUGUUUUAUACUUCACCGACUUCUGUGUUGAUAAACUGGGUCAGCCGCUGAUGAAUGAAAACCCUCAACAGACCGAAGGAUGGGAGGUUCCCAAAUACCAGCAGGUCUUUGGUCAGAUCAUUGCUCUUGAAGGCCAGGAUGUGGAGAUAAAGCAGAAAAGACCGAAACCUUGCUGUUUUAACUGCUGUUCUGAGGACCAUCAACUACGAGACUGUCCGAAGCCCAAAGAUAUGGCUCGCAUUAAUGAAAAGAGGAAGGAGUUUUCCCAGAACAAUCAGAGCAACCAGCGCUACCAUGCAGAAGAGGUGGAAGAGCGAUUCGCAAAGUACAAACCCGGAAUAAUGAGUCAAGACCUUCUUGAUGCUCUUGGUAUGACUACAAACACUCUUCCUCCAUUCAUCUAUCGCAUGAGGGAGCUUGGCUACCCGCCGGGAUGGCUCAAAGAGGCAGAACUGGAAAACUCAGGCCUGAUGCUGUAUGAUGGAUCUAAUGAUGAAGAUGAAAAUAACCACAGCCAAAAGAUAUCCUAUGAUGUCUCAAAGCUGGUCGAUUUUCCAGGGUUCAAUGUCAACGCACCACCGAACAUAAGAGACGAUUUCAGGUCCUUCGGCUCCAUUCCAAUGCAACCUCAACACUGGAAGCAAAACUUUGCAGCCUUUUUGAGCAAUACUUUUCCAACGCAGGACAGCGGCAGCAGUAAGAGGCCUCAUGAGUCUGAUUCCACACCCCAGAAGACAAAGAAAAGGAAAUCUGGUUCAGAUCAGGCUCUCCACGCAUCAGAUAUGGAGAUCGAGUCAGAUCCUGACAUGCCUCAAAUGAGAUCGGAUGGCUUCCAGUUUCACCCGCCUCUCCCUCCCGGCACUUCAUCUUUGGGAACUCCUCUUCCUCUUCCACUGGGAACGCCUCCAUCAACCCCUCCCAUCCCUAAGGGAACUCCACCAGCAACUCCACCUACAAACGAAAAUCCAUCCACCCAUGCCAGAGCUCAGACGGAGGGCGAAGAGUCUGAGGACGGGCUCACUUUGGAGGAACUAGAGGAGCAGCAGAGGCUUCUUUGGGCAGCCCUUGAGAAAGCAGACACCACAACCAACAGCGAUUCUGAGACCCCCGUCCCGAGCUCCCCCAGUGUGGUCACUUCUCUUAAACUCGACACUGAAGACGAAGGAGAAAAGAUGGAGGACUCCAUCCAUACGUUUGAAAUCAAGAGCACGCCCUCUUCACCUGCUGUGAGUAAUGUUUGUGAGGAUGAGAUGACGGAUAAAACCACCAGUGAUGAAAAACAGGAGAUCGAUUUGCAAGCGGAAAUGAGCGAUAUUAUUGUCCUGGAUGAAGUUUAUGGGGAGAACGGGAAUCCUGAUGCUUCAGGCGCUCCACAGAAAAAUGUGCAAGAGUCCAGUUCUGAAGUGGCAGGUGAUAUUGAGGAAGGCGGUGUAAAUAAAGUAACUUUCGUCCCACACCGUAGCAGAUUUGCAGCUGGCAUAAUCCCCUUCGAGGACACUCCUGAGUUUACGGAGGUAGCUGAAGCGACAGGGGUUUACCUUAAAAUUCGAGAUUUACUAAAAGGCUCGCCAAGAAAUCAAGCCAAAAGCAAGAAGUGAUCUCGAGGUUGUCUGUUUUUACUUGCGCGUCUGUCGACAACAUGCAUUGUUUUCUCUAAUCUUAUCGCAGUCCUUUUGUAUGUAGUUUUACUUUUGGGUGCUUUGUAUCUUUUUACUGCUGUCGUGCGAUUUUUAAAGGCGAAAAGGUUACGUUUGUUUUGUACAUGAAUAUUAACGGAUCGUGGGAAUGCAUUCUGUGUACAGGCGUUUUUUAUUCUUCUUCCUCCUGUUCCAUCUUCUGUUAUUACAGUUUGCCUUCACUACUUUUCGUGGCAUGUAAUUAAUUGUGAAUAUUUUUUCCAUUCAGAUUUCUUAAGACGAAAUUAAAAAGUUUUAACUUGAA